ACAGUGAAAAGGUUGGAUGUGUCGCCCGGUUCGAAAUAUCGCGUAAAUUAUAUUGACGAAUAAAUUAAUCAAAUAAGAAAUGCCAGUUGAAUUAGAAUAUGACUAUGACGCAGCAGUGGCUUCUUUGGAUAUAUUUUCACAAGCUGAUUUCGAUCAUAUAAAAGAAUGGACGCAAAAAUUAGACAAAUCAAAAUAUGUACCAAAGGAUCUUUCAGAUAAACAAUUGCUGCUAUUUUAUAACGCUUGUUAUGGAGACGUGGAGAAAAUUAAGACGUGUAUAGAAAAAUAUUACCACCUCCGGAAAAAUACGCCGGAAAUAUUUGACAACAGAAUUAUAAAUUCAGACGAUCUAAAGCCGUCUGUAGAGGCAUUAGAGUUCGCUGUGCUGCCAGAGCAGUCAUGUGCUGGUUACGAUUUGAUAUAUCACCGCCUGCACUACACGGAACCUUCCAAGUAUCACUUUGAGCCUGGAUGUAAACUUCUCUUCAUGACAGUCGAUUCGUGUUUAAGUAAGCGUGGACCACAGCCAGGACAUAUCUUCGUCUUCGAUAUGCGGGGUGUCAGGUUGGGACAUCUCACGCGAGUUAGCUUAUCCUUUCAAAAGGAUAGACAAAGUUCCCUUCGAAAAUUCUUCCAGUACGUCCAAGAAGCGAUGCCGGUGCGCAUGCGCGAGAUACACGUUUUUAACACAGAACCGAUUGUUGACAAGCUCUUGCUCCUCAUAAAACCUUUUAUGGACAAAAAGUUCUUUGAUAUGAUCAAAUUCCACCACAAAAACGCAGACCUCGAGAAGUUUUACGGCACAGUUAUACCCAGAUCCGCUCUACCGCCAGACUAUGGAGGCACUUUACCUGACACUCAGACAUUGCACAAGAAAUGUAUGCAAAAUUUGAAAUCCUUAGAACCGUACUUCAAAGCUGAAGAGGAACAGAGGAUAAAUGCUCUGCCUGAUAAAAAACGGGACAAGGCAAUGGAAAGGGCGUUUAAAAAUUUGGACAUAGAUUAGUUUUUGUUGCUGGCAACAUUUUAUAUAUCUGUCAAUGUCGUACUUUAGUCAUGUCUCGAUGUUACAGCGUAAUGCAUGCGUUAUUAAAUUAAUCUACAUGACAUAGAUGAAGAAUAUAAUAUAUGCUUAGCGUGUUUUUCUAGGUGUCGCUAGUACCCUUUACAAAAAUGAAAGAUUAAUAUUUUAAAUAUUAUAGUAGACAUAAAUAUUAGAGAAAUUAAUCAGGGAUGGCUCAAUCUAACAAUGCUGAUGUCUGUGUAGUGUUGGCUGAAUGUUCGUCUGCUAUUAAAUAUUUAAAAAAAAAAGAUUAAUAAAACCUCGAGUACGAUUUACAUUUUAUCUUGCUUUAAAAUAGAUCUGGGAAUCGCUUUAAUUGCUUUCAAAUGUUGAAAUUUAUGUUUAUAUUUAUAUUUUGAUUUCGUACAAUUUUAAAAAGUUUGUAUUGUAUUUUUUUUUUAAUUAACUAUCAAAAAAAUCAUGACAUUGUGAUAUUUUUUUAAUUUUGGGUUGUGUUAGACUUAAAUGGUUUCAUGUUGUCAAUAUUACGAUAAAAUAUGAUAUGUUAUAUACAAUGAUGGAGUAUAUUUGUAUAAAUAAAUAAAAAUUAUUAAAUUAAAUUAUAUAAUGUGAGAAGAGCAAAGCUUUGUUUGUUUAUAUGUCAGAGGCAAGCAAACUUAUCUGAUUGUUAUUUCAGAUUUUGACAAUCUAUAAUUUGACAGAUACUAUAUAGUUAAUGAGAUACAGUUAAUUAUGGUAACUUAGUAAAUGAUGAUGUGGCCUUGUGUGAUUGCAAACAUAUUAUAGAUCCAACGAUUGUAUAUGAUAUCAUUCUAAUGUUCUUAAGAACUUAUAAAUAUAUAUAAAUAUCCUUAAUAUAUGUAUUUCAUGAAUAUAUAACUGUAACAAAUGUAUUUUUGCAAAAAGGAAAAAGUUACUGGUAACACUAGCUUAGCUUAUUAGAAAAAUUAAGUAGAUUUCAUUAAAUGACAAGAUUUUUUUUCUUACGAUAAAUUAUUAAUUUAAGUAAAAAAUUAUCUUUAAAUACAAGACAUACAUCAUUAAAAAUUAAACCUAUUUUAAGCUGUACAAGUUAGUAGAAAUGCCUUAUUGAAACGAAAUUCAAAUGUCAAUUGCUUCAGUGGUGUUGCCCUGUAUAAAACUUAAAAUAAUAACCAAAACAAUAUUAUAAUCCGUAAAAUUUAUAAAUUUUGAUUUUUUUUUUUUCAUAUUCGGAAUUUAAAUUAAGUCAUAUAGACUAUUAAUUGUAAUACCUAUAACAUUAUUUUAUAAUAAUUCUGUGCGCACUUUAAAUGUUUUUGAGUGAAUAUAUUUAAAGCAAUAUGUUGGAAUUAUAUAAAAUUACGAAAUAUAUUCGUAAUAUACUCUUAAUUUAAGUAAAUAGCAUAUUAUAGUGUAUUUAUAAUGAAUAUCUAAUUCUGUUUACAUAAAAAGAAUGCUGGUCUUACAUAAGAACCGUAAUAAAAUUAAUUGGUUAGGUUUACUGAAAAGUUCUGGUAUAUACCUCCUUAAAUUAACCACGAUAUAUGUAUUUUGGUUAAAGAUAAACAUCUGUAUGUUAAUGUAUAUGUGAUUUAGAUCAGUUCAUAACAAUAUAUAAUUAAUAAAUGCUAAGCGGCCAAUGUCAUUAGGUGUUGCCACGCUUCUGUCCAAGUUUACUGCAACACUUCGUCAAAUUAGAGGAAACGUUUGAAAAGUAGGCUGACCUGACCUGGCAGGCUCGUAGUUAUAUUGAGAGGUAUAAAAAAGUGAAUAUUUGUACUUAAAUACAUAAUUAGUCGCUUAAACGUAAAACUCAUGUUUUUAUUAAUAGACAAUCCAACACCUUUUUUUGGUACAUUGUAAACUGAAGGUGGUGGUACCAUAUAUUUAAUUAUGUUUCAUUUAAAAUUUGAUUUUCGUGUUCAUCGUGAUAUUUUAAUAUAUUUUUAUUGGUUCUGGGAACCAUGACUUAAUGUAUUAGUUAUUAGAAAGCAAGAAUAAAUUUCUAUUUGCUGUUA